GCUCCUACUAAUUCUCUGAAAUUGAAGCUAUCCCCAUAUUUUGAUCGGCCUUCGUGUCAGUCAGACAUGCCAACACAUUUUGCACUCCAGCUGAGCACUUUCGCUGCGUAUCAGUACCUACAAUCAUAUACAAUAAUGCGCCUUUCGCAAGUUUCUACAUUGCAGCCAUGCAAGUCUAGCAAUGGAGCAUACAAUUUCUUAUUCCCCGCAUCCAAAUAGGUGACCGACUUUCGAAGGCGUCGCCGAAGUACACGCCAUGGCUUCAUUAACAUGAGGGGAAUGAGGGGAAAAUUUACUCAUAUAUUUCCCCCCUCCUUAUUCAUAAACUCUCAGACAUUUACAAACAAUUGAAGUCAUUCAAUACUCAUCAACUAAUUUAUAAUACUCUCUCGUUGAUAAUGGAGCGACUUAUUUGUGCCAUUCGUACCACUCCAUUCAUUGAUGGCCGGGGACGCCCACUCCUUAUUCCUUCAUCUAAGACCAAACAAUCCCUACUAGGCAUUACUACUGAGGCCAAUGGAGAUGCUCAUUCGACUUCGGCACACAGUCGAGCUACAAAUCAGCUUGCCGAUAUUCUCGAUUGUCCCCCAACAUGGAAUGAUAUUUCGAUAGCCAUUGCAAAAGAAAACGAAAAGCCAGGCUAUGUGUGGACAAAGCAGUGUCUGAAAGGAAUCGAGACAAUCAUCCUUGAUGAUUGCUCAAGUACGGAAAAUAAUGCGUUCGACUUUCUUUGGCAUGACGGCUUAACAGAAAACAAGUGCAGAAAGAUAGUAAGAAUCGAAAAUCUUGCAUCAGACAUAGUGGAUCGAAACAUCAAUCUGCUCGCUAUCUCUGAAGAUACAUUCUUUGACUCAGUGGUCGAGGAGCUUCAAAAGGGUAUAAACGACGCGCUUUCUGAUAUCGAUGUUGUCGGCUUUAUAUCAGCCAUCUGUUAUAGAACAAGACCUGAUAUCCCUUGGGUCUGUCCUCUCGAAAUGGUAAAAUUGACUUUGAUGCAAUGUAUCUGGAAGCAAGAGGCCGAGGGUCAUGGUCGCUUCAAAGGGUUCGAUUGCCAAAUUUUGAACUCCUGGAUCGUUCACUUGACUGCUGGACUCAUCCAACAAUCCAAAAGUUCCCACAAGAAGCCAAUUCAGUUCCACAUUGUUUUGGGCGACGAUGAAACGCCUCUUACUCGCUCUUCGCCUUCACAUCUACAAGACUUUAUUCGCAAGUAUUCAAAUGUCCCAAUCGUUUUAGUUUAUUCUGGUCGUCCAUGGACAAAGGAAGCAGGAUACUUAGCUACCGUACACUCAAAUGUGUAUGUUGAUGUUGGUGUGUUUCCUUGUAUGAACCAGGAUGGCCAAGAAGGUGUUAUUCGCGACCUUCUGGAGUUUUGUCCCACGGAGAAGAUUGUGUGGAGCUCAGAUGGGCAUGAUCUUCCAGAAACGUAUUUACUAGCACGCAUUCAAUCUCGCCAGGCCUUUGAGAAAGUACUAGUAGAAUAUGUCAAUAAGAAAGCAUUAACUAUUCAACAAGCAGUCAAAGUCGUUGAAAAUAUAUUCUUCAACACAUCUAAUGAGCUUUAUGCCCUCCAGAUGAAAUUGAGGUCGAUAAAAACACAGGCUAUUGAUCAAUCUGUUGGUAGUGGAUUAGAUGGGACUAGUAUGGUCAAUGGGGUGAACGGUACCAACGACGUCUACAACACAAACAACAUCGGCACCAUUAAUAAAAUCAAUGGAACCAAUGGAACUAAUGGGAUCAAUGGAAUCAACGGGAGCAACGGGUUCAGGAGCACCAGCCAUGAAGAUGUUUCAGAAAAUUCAUCAGACCUUGAGAUAUUUGAAUCAUUCAUGGCACAGCACCCGGGAAUCAAAUUUCUGCGUGUACAAUUUGUCGACUACUGCUCCAUUACUCGAUUACGGAUUUUACCAAUGAAACAUGUCCGUAAUCUUUUGUGCGAUAAAAAGAUUGGUGUUUCUAUUGGUAUCACUAAUAGUAGUUUAAAUCUCACGCCAGACGAUCAUCUGAUUGCUUCGGGUUCCCCCAGAGAUUCGUCUAGGCUUCUAACCGCAGUCUUCUCUUCUAUACGAGCUGGUCCAUAUAACGGAUAUGCUUCGGCACAGGGAGAACUUCGCAAUUAUGAUAAUUCGCCACUUAAUGUAUGCCCGCGAACUAAUCUUCGGAAUGUAGUGAACAAAGCGAAAAAUCACGGUCUUGAAUUUCUUGUUGGCUUUGAAAUUGAAGUUAUAUUCAUGAAAGGCACACUUAACGAGGACAAUACCCACGCUUAUGCUCCUCUUCCCGGUGCGGACUCACAUUGUUGGGGGUCUAGUAAUGCACUUUCUCCUGCUGUCAUAAAUGUUAUGGAUGAGAUAAUGGAGAAACUUUCUGAUGCUGGUAUUGAUCUCGAACAAUGGCAUCCAGAAUCAGCAACUGGCCAGUUCGAGUUUGUCCUACCUGCAUGUGCACCCCUUGAGGCUGCAGAUAUACUUUUACAGACCCGAGAGAUCGUCGCCGCAGUUGCAAAGACUCAUGGAUGGCGUGCAACAUUACACCCCAAACCUCUCCCCAACAAAUUGGGCACUGGAGCGCACAUUCACCUAUCCAUACCAACUCCGGAAGGACAGAAGGAACAAAUAUAUACUCAUUUCUAUGCGGGGAUACUGAAACAUCUUCGCGCAAUUACAGCGUUCACAUAUGGUAAUCCUGCCAGCUAUGAUCGUAUGCUCGCAGCUGGUGGUUGGGCCGGCAGUACAUGGGUGGCUUGGGGAACCGAAAAUCGAGAAACCGCUCUACGCAAGAUCAACGGAUCGCACUGGGAGAUAAGAUGUAUGGAUGGCCUUGCCAAUGUUUACUUGGCUUUAGCAGCUAUAAUUGGUGCAGGUGUAGAAGGCGUUAUUUCAGAAGACAAGAUGACAUGGCUUGACUGCAGCAUUAACCCUGCUAAAUUGAGCCAAGCAGACAGAGCUGAUUACAACAUCGAAGAUAUGUUGCCAUGUAAUUUGGAGGAGGCACUUGCCGCUCUCAAAACCGAUCAAGGUAUGUAUAAGAUACUUGGUGAGGCUGUGGUAGUCACGUAUAUUGCGAUGAAACGAGGUGAGCUGGAGCUCAUGAAUAGCAUGAAGGAGGAGCAGAGAAGAAAUUGGAUAAUUGAGAGAUAUUAAGGCAACGGCCUACAGCCUGCUGGGUUAGACGAGGACUCAGCUGCCAUUUUCUAACACUUCUUGGGCACGUCUGGAUUUCAAUGCGAUGAAUGAGGGGUUGGACUCCGCUCUAACA